AUGGCAAUUAAAACUUUGAACAUAGCCAAAGAAAAGAAAGGUGAUCUACAUGAAGUAUUACAGUACGAUCUUACAAGGUAUAGUCCUCUGUUUGAUGGCCUGCUUAUGGAGAAGCCCAGAAAACAUGAAAUGUGCGGAGAAGUUGAAAGCCGUGCAAAGCUAACAGAAGACGAUUACAACUACCUUCCAGGUGAAAACAAUGCUGUUGUUAUUGACUUUAUGUCUUACAUCAGAGGCCAGAGUCUUGACAAGGCAGUUCAAGAGCCUUCCGCGCCACUUUGUUUUAAUCUAACCUGGAAGCAUGUCUCUUGGACAUUCGGUUCCAUGAUUGCUGAAGCUUUUGCAAGAAUUUUGAAGAACAACCCUACUGCCGAGUUGAUUCAUAUCAUAUUUGAUAGCUAUCUUGACUUAUCUCUAAAGAGUGGUGAACGACGAAUAAGGCUUGCUGAGGCUAAGGGUGUGAUCAGAGUUGCCAUGAUCAACGAAAACACAAAGUCGACAAGGACUACACAAACUGUAUCUCCAGAAGGGCCGAGGGAGCAACAAAAAGAUGUUUCCUAUACAUACAAUGUAUUUGAACCUGGGGGAACAAUUCUGCAAGACUCUACUGAAGGCCCACUUGGGGACGGGGGCGGACUACCUAAGAGAGUCAAGGCGGAGAAGAUAACAGACACUGGUUUUGCAGAUGACAUUGCUCUGAUAGCAGAUACUGUAAAGGAGGCAGAGAUGCUGAUGCUAGAGGUAGAAAGAGUUGCUGCUACAGUGGGACUUAAAAUGAAUGAAGGGAAAACCAAAUUCAUUUCUCAGAACAUCGAGAACCCUGAUACCAUCAAGUCCCUGGGUAACAACUCAAUAGAGCACGUGGAAGACUUUGCCUAUCUUGGUUCUAGAAUCAGAGACAGUGAGAGUGAUAUCAGGCCUGAUAACCAGUACGCGAUGGCUCUAGAGGUUGCCGCUGGGGGGAGGUUGUAUAACGUGGUGACAGACAACGAGGACACCAGUGCUCUGCUCAUCAAACACGGCCAACUCCGCAGAAGGUACGUCAUGAUACCCCUCAACAAGAUCCGCAGCAAUGUUAUAGACAGGGAGGUGGUUAACAGUGCCAAGAGACUGGUCGGUGGGGACAACUGUCACCUAGCUCUGGACGUCAUCCAAUUUGAUAAACAGGUGGAACCGGCCAUGAAGUUCUGUUUUGGAGGGGUUCUCAUCUGUAAAACUAAGGAGCAAGCUAAGAAAGUAGCAUUCGACAAGUCAGUGAAGAGGAAGGUUAUUACUCUGGAGGGAGAUGUAUACGAUCCGGCAGGUACUCUAACGGGAGGGUCCAGGAACACUUCUAGAUGUGUUCUUAAAGAACUCUCUGCCUGCAAACAGUCCAGAUCUGAUCUCACUCAGUACAAAGAGCAGUACAGACAGGUAGAGGGAGAGUUGAGUAAAAUGGAAAGAGUUGUCCACGAGUGGGAGGAACUGACAGGUCAGCUGAGGCUGAAGAAGCACGAGCGUGAUUUAUUAGAAGAAAGAUUGAAGCAGACCUCUCAUUACAAGGACAUAGAGGAGUUGAGGAGGACUAAGGAGGAACUGGCAAAGCAAAAGGAAAUUGUGGAUAAUUUUAACGACAAAGAAAAGAGUCUCUUAAAGAAGUGCGCGGAAGUGGAAGCUAAGAUGAAGAACUUCAAAUCUGAACAAGAGAAAGAACUGAAGAAGUCGGAGAAGAGGAUAUUAGACGCAAAGAGUAAAUUGAGCAAGUGUUCGAAGGAGGCGAAAGCAAAGGUGAACAAGUUGAAAGAACUAGAGUUGGAGGUGAGCAGUGAGCUAGCUAAGGAGUUGGAGGGUCUGCGAGAGCAGCUGCCUAAGUGCGAGGAGGCUAUAGCUGCUGCUCAGGAGCUUGUGGAGGGAGCCCAGUUAAAGCUGACUGAGUGCGCGGCGGUGAGGGAGGCACUGGCUGCUGAACUUGGGGCUCAGCGUGAACUGAUACAACAGUGUUCUGCUGAGAUAGAGAACUUUGUGAAGGAGCAGAAAGCAGCGGAGAAGCUGAUAAGUAGCUGCGGGAUAAAGCUGAAGGAGCUGACUCACAAGCUGAGUAAACUGAACAAGGAAGCGAGCGAAGCAAAGCAGCAGGUCCAGUAUUACCUCAACAACUAUGAGUGGAUUGCUUCUGAAAAACAGUACUUCGGACAGAGGGACACUGCCUACGACUUUGAGAAACAGGACCUGAAAGAAAGUGAUAAGAAGUUGGAGCGUCUGAAGGCAAGUAAAGAGAAACUGUCCAAGAAUGUGAACAUGAGAGCAAUGCACCUGCUAGUAGAUGUAACCAUGGUAACUAACAUGAGAGCAAUGCACCUGCUAGGGGAGGCGGAGAAACGGUACAUCGACCUGGUGAAAAGGAAGGACAUUGUGACUAACGACAAGCACAAGAUAAACAAGGUGAUCAAGGAGCUGGACGAGAAGAAGAACAGAGCAGUCAGGAGAGCCUGGGAGCAGGUGAACAAGGAUUUCGGCUCUAUAUUCUCUACGCUGCUUCCUGGAGCGAGGGUUAAACUGCAGACUUUGGAGGGGAGACCUGUUACUGAUGGUUUAGAAGUCAAGGUUGGGUUCGGUGAGGUAUGGAAAGAGUCACUAACCGAACUGAGCGGUGGACAGAGAUCUUUAGUGGCCCUCUCUCUUAUCUUAUCUCUUCUUCUCUUCAAACCCGCUCCUCUAUACAUUCUAGACGAGGUGGACGCAGCGCUAGACUUGUCCCACACUCAGAACAUCGGACAGAUGUUGAGGGCUCACUUCAAACAUUCUCAAUUCGUCGUGGUCUCCCUCAAAGAUGGCAUGUUCCAGAAUGCUAACGUUCUCUUCAGGACGAAGUUUGUUGACGGAGUAUCAGCUGUUACACGACACACUCAACAUUCCUCCACAAAACCUGCUCCUUCUGAGAAAGAGAAUAUUCAGCCACUCGUUAAGAAAAAUAAAAAACAAAAGGUUUAGUUA